ACGAACGUCGUCGUCGUCGUCGUCGUCGCACAGUCGGGCCGGUCCACACACACACACAGCACAGCCAUUCACCGUCCGUUGCGCACACACCGCGGUAGUGGCUACAGCAGUACGAUCCGUCUGUCCGACCGGUGUUUUAUUUUUGUUCUUGAGUCGCGCGUUUAAGAUGACGUCGGUAAUAAUCCGUUGCCGGUAAACCGCGAGUUAUUGCAAAAAAUAUAUAUUAUCUAUCGAGAAUUGUUUUGAAUUUAGCAAAAAAAAAAAAAAUAUUAAACCUAACCGUUCGCGACCGAAAGCGAUGAUAAUGGGCACGGCCAACCAGGAACAGCAUCCGGCCAGCGCGAUCAAAAAGCCCACGGACUUUUCGAUCGACGCCAUCAUGCGCAAGGACGAAGCGGCCGCCGAUCCGCGGCAAAACAUGUUCGACGGCGAAGGUUCCACCGGCGGCGGCGCCGAAGAACUGGACGUGGACGUGGACGUGGUGGACACGUCGGAACCCGAAGACUUGGCCACCGCGUCCGCCGGUAACCGCGGCGGCGGCGGUGGCGGCGGUUACCAUCACGGCCACAAUAAUCACAAUCACCAUCAUCGUUCCUCCAAGCAGCAGCAGCAGCAAAACGGCCACGGCAAGAAAAAACGGACCAGGUGCUCCGAAACGACGGUGAGCGUGUCGUCCGAGGACGGCGGCGACCGGACGCCGCCUCCGCCGUCGUCCGCGGCGCACCGGCAGAGCCCGGACGGCCCGUCGGCCAAAAGCGUGUCGGCCAUGCUGGCCAAAUGCAACAGCCCCGACUUGGCGUCCACCGAAUGCUACCUGGAGUCGGUGUCCAAGGAACUGUGGUCGAAAUUCCACGAACUCGGCACCGAGAUGAUCAUCACCAAAACCGGAAGGCGGAUGUUCCCGACGUUGCGGGUGUGCUUCCGGAAAUUGGAUCCCAACCAAAAGUACUCGGUGCUCAUCGACAUCGUGCCGGUCGACAACAAACGGUACCGGUACGCUUAUCACAAGUCCUCGUGGCUGGUGGCCGGCAAAGCCGAUCCUCCCGCCCCGCACCGGCUGUACACGCAUCCCGACUCGCCGUUCACCGGAGACCAGCUACACAAGACGUUCGUGUCGUUCGAAAAAGUCAAACUCACCAACAACGAGAUGGACAUCAGCGGACAAAUCAUACUCAACUCGAUGCACCGGUACCAGCCCAGGAUACAUUUGGUCAAGUGGCGUGGAAUGGUGACCGACCUGGAGACGGAGAAGUACCGGUCUUUCGUGUUCCCAGAAACCGUGUUCACGGCCGUCACGGCUUAUCAGAAUCAACUGAUAACGAAAUUGAAAAUCGACAGCAAUCCGUUCGCCAAAGGAUUCCGCGACUCUUCUCGGCUCGGCGAACUGGAAAGAGAUCCCGUCGAUUUGAUGUUCCUGGAACACCAGUACAACCAGCACAUGUUGAACCGCGCGGCCACGCCCAUGUUCUGGCCACAGGACAACGGCGGCCACCCGGGACAGCCGAUGGACCACGACGGCAACGGCAACGGAUCGUCCACAUCGGGAUUCAUGUUGGCCGCCGCGGCCGCGGCCCGCGCCCAGUUUCACAUGCUGAACAACGCGGCCAACCGAGCGGCGGCCGUGGCGGCUGCGGCCGCGGCGUCCGGCGGCGGAUGCGACAACGGUCAUUACUCGCAACAACAGCAACAACAACAGCAACAGCAACAACAACAACAUCAGCAGCAACAACAACAGCAACAACAACAACAGGCCGCCGCCGCCGCAGCGGCCGCCGGAAUGCACUCGCCGCUCAUAUUGUACGGCGGCUCGCAACACUUUCAGCAGACGCACGCUCGGUUCGCGGCGGCCGCGGCCGCAGCAGCCGCCGCCGCCGGUUACCCGGGCGCUCCGGUUCCGCCGCCGCCGUCGUCCGUGUUCUCGUGGCCGCCGCCGCAGUAUCCCAGAUACGUGACCACGUCCGCCGCGUUCCAACCGCCUCCUCAGCCGUCGUCCGCCGCCGCAAUGCACCUGCACCAGCAGCACGUCGUCAUGCACCCUCAGACGACGACGGCGGCGGCGGCCGCCACGGCCACCCUGGGCCGGUACAGCCCGCCGUCGGCCCUACAUUCGCCGGGCGGUACCAGUUCCUCGGCCGAAUCGCUGCCGUCGCCCGACAUGGACGGCCGCUCGGCCACCAAGUACAGCAAGCGACACCUGCCGGACGACGCGUAA